AACGGGGGCCCGGGAGCGGGUACAAGUACGUGAUGACGUCAGACGCUGUCUCUUUCCGCUCUGCCUGCUGCCAGGAUGAAGACCAUCCUCAGCAACCAGACCGUUGACAUCCCCGAGCAAGUCAGCGUUUCGCUGAAGGGCCGGACGGUCAUUGUAAAGGGCCCCAGAGGAACCUUGCGGAGGGAUUUUAACCACAUCAAUGUGGAGCUCUCCCUCCUGGGGAAGAAGCACAAGAAGCUACGUGUUGACAAGUGGUGGGGUAACAGAAAGGAGCUGGCAACAGUUCGCACAAUUUGCAGCCAUGUACAGAACAUGAUAAAGGGCGUUACGCUGGGAUUUCGUUACAAGAUGAGGUCGGUGUACGCUCACUUCCCAAUCAAUGUAGUUAUACAGGAUAACGGCUCGCUCGUAGAAAUCCGAAACUUCUUGGGAGAGAAGUACAUUCGCAGAGUGCGUAUGAGGCCAGGUGUUUCAUGUGCAGUAUCUCAAGCCCAGAAAGAUGAGCUGAUCCUUGAAGGGAACGACAUUGAAUUGGUCUCCAAUUCAGCUGCCUUGAUCCAGCAAGCCACUACGGUCAAGAACAAGGAUAUCAGGAAAUUCUUGGAUGGUAUCUAUGUCUCUGAGAAAGGAACAGUACAGCAGGCAGAUGAGUAAAACUCUUACAGUUGUCUGGAUCCUGAAACAAACCACCAUGAGACAUUAUAUCAGCAAGUACCAGCUUGAAAUAAACUGAUACAAAACCCAAACACCAUGAGAGAUUUAAUAAAAUAAAACAUAUUUCAUA